AAAGCGCCGCACUAACAGGCUCUGCAGUCGAGCACAGAGUUCUGCCUCUACAGGAAUGUAGCCAACCAGUUUCUCCAGGUUCUCCAUGAAAAGACGGUGAUUUCAAAGGAAAAACAACCUCCACGGGAACCAUGUCACACUAUAAUGUGGUGCACGGAUGCAAACUGGUCGCUGUGCUUCUUCUUUGGCUUGGUGCCUCUGCCGGAGAAAAACACACAGGUCGUGCUCAUCAGGCAGCAGAGCACCGGGAGCACGAAGCACGCAGCGCUGUUGGAUUGGAGGAGGUGGUGUUAGUGAUCCAGAGUCAGAGGAACUCCUUCCACGCCCGUCGAGGUGGUCAGAGGAAGGUUGAGAUUCUGCAGCAGGCAGCUGAGCUGGGACAGGGAGUUCCUGUUGUUCUUCUUCUCCAUGAGCUGUCAGAAUACGAAGGGGAUUGGAGUAUCCUCCCUGCGCUUCCUCUUCUCUCUGCCACUUAUGGCCAAUCAGCAUCCUGGUUUUUCUUCAUAGAGGAGGAGACCAGCGUCACACUGUCUGCUCUGCUGCAGGUCCUACAUAGAUAUCCAGUCCAAGAGGAAUGGUUUUUAGGUAAGCGUCUCCAUGACAACGAGGCCUCCAUUAUCCACCACUAUGCGUUCUCUGAAGACCCCACUUCCUUUAGUUAUCCUGACCCUGCAGCAGGCUGGGCUCUCAGCACGCUGCUGCUCCAGAGACUCGCUGAGCGGAUCCAACACGAGUAUCUGAAGUCAGAUUUCACCAUCGAUUUGAAACAUGAGAUUGCGUUGUACAUUUGGGAGGAAGGAAAUGGUCCAAAGCUGACAGCAGUUCCAGAGUUUUGUACCAAAACGAGAGACAACUGUGCUACGACAUUUACAACCUACCUGCCCAACUGUGGAGAUCCAGUGUCGAGGAAAGAAGUAUUUGUUGCUGUGAAAACUUGCCAAAAAUUCCACUCAGAGAGAGUACCAGUCGUGAAGGCGACCUGGGAGAAAGACGCUGGGUUUUUAGAGUAUUACAGCGAUGUCACUGACGCCUCCAUACCCACAAUCAGCCUGGGAGUGCCCAACACCGAGAGAGGGCAUUGUGGGAAGACGUUUGCAAUCUUGAAACGGUUCUUGAGCGAAGCUGUGCCAAAGGCUGAUUGGCUACUCAUUGUUGAUGACGAUACACUCAUCAGUUUACCCAGGUUGCGUCGACUGCUGCAUUGCUAUGACCCAAAGGAAGCAGUGAGCCUGGGGGAGAGAUACGGCUACAGCUUGCUUCAGAAGGGAUACAGCUACACCACAGGAGGAGGAGGGAUGGUGCUCAGUCGGGUGGCGGUGUCCAGGCUGGUUUCCAGUGGUUGUCGCUGCUACAGUGAUGAUGCUCCUGAUGACAUGGUGCUGGGCAGGUGCUUCACUUCCCUGGGUGUUCCCAUUACACACAGUCCACUGUUCCACCAGGCCCGACCGUAUGACUACUCCGAGACAUUGGAGCAGGCCGUCUCCUUCCACAAGCACUGGAACAUAGAUCCUGUGGUCGUCUACAAACACUGGCUGCAGGACACACACCCACGAGACGAACUGUAGAAAUACUGUGUGUAUGCAGUUAUGUAUACCGUACUGUAGACAAACACUGAAUCCAAAUUUGCACAACAGCGUAGAGUUAAAGAUGAGCAAGCAGCAACCACUACAGUGACUGUAAUGUCCAGAGAGACCUGGCAAAUGUGCUUUGAAACAUAAUUCUUACAAGCCUUAAUACUUGCAUUGAUCAAUAUUUUUGAUAUCAACAUUACCGGUUGCAGAGAAUUAUCCCCCAAGUGUGGUUCUACAGAGGUUUUUAAGCUUCAUUUAGCGUACCUUUUUGGUUUAAGGGCAUGUGCACUUACUGUAUGUUUGAGUCAGAGCAAAAAAGCACUAUUAAAGAGCACCUACACAGCCAAAACAGCAGCCAGACAGACUUGCUGAGUGGAUGCUAAUGUUUCUUUGCCUCCGCAACAACGCUACAACAACGCCAGUGGCAUGCUAACAUUUGGUUGUUGUUUGUUGGUCUCGAGAAGUUGGAGGACUUCCUGUUGACAUCAGUACAUUCUCAGAUUUUUCAUCUGAAAGUGCACACUGAUUCAACAUUAAGUGUUCGAGUAUCACUGCUGUCACUUUACCCCCAAGCUCUGAUAUGAUCUGUGUUGUAUUGGUGAAGAGACAUCCAGAGUUUAUUUAGUUUUAUUUUAUUUAUUUAGCCAGGCAUUUGAGGUUUGAAACCUCUACAAAAGAGACCUGGCCAUGACGGCGCAGCUUAAAAAGUUGCAGACAAAAUAAAUGUAAAAUCAAGUUGUAAAAUGCACUAAUAGCCGAAUCCAGAGUUAUUUCCCUUCCUCCGUUCAUGUGAAUGAGACUGAACUGGAGCGAGGGCUGGGAGGCGGAGUUAAAGGAAACGCCACUGCGCCUGCUCUAUGGGCCCAAUGGAUACGGAAGAUCGCCGGAUGAUACGAAUACUUUAUCACCCGGCAGUUGAAGCCGUUUUGGCUUCAUGCACCACUGAGCAACUCUCAUAGGAAUGAACAGGAGCCCGCCUCCAACGCUGUAUCCAGUUCCCUUUAUAUAUCAAUGUCGCCUCCCUGUGGUGUUCAGAGGAUGAGGCACUGAAGGAUUAACGUUACACUCAGUGUUAUAAAUAAGAUAUUUUUUUGUAGUACACCUUGCAGUCAACUGAGUAUUCACACAGACCAUGGUAUAAAAUCCAUCUAUUUCAGUAAUAUUUGCUAAUAUUUUGUGUUCAUUUCACUUUUAGACUAACACACUAAAAGAAUAGUUUGACAUUUUUGGAAAUGUUCAUAUUCCUUUUUUUGCUGUUAUUCCUGACUAUUCCGUUAUUUCUUUUUUUUAUUUCAUAAAACAAAAUUCAGCAUAAAAAGUAGUGUGCACAUGUUUUUAGAACUUGCUGUUUAUAUGUUUACCACAUGGAAUAUGAUUAUGUGAAUCAGUCUCUAAUGGAGGAAUUUUCAGUAGAGUUUUGUAGAAUUUUAUUUUGUGAUCUGUGAACAGCAGAACUGUGUGUUUUAUGGGUUAUUGGGUGUAAAAGUAAUUACAACCACAGCUGCCAAGCCUCAAUUUAAAAUGCCAUUUUGCAGCUGUUUUUAUGAAUAUAUAAAUGUCUGUGCGUGCCUGCUGAAAACCUGUUAAAUUACAUUUUUAAAUAAUUUGAAAAUAAAAUAUUCAUUGAACAAAACUU